AUGGCUUUGUUCACCAUCCCCUUACUUUGGAUAGUCCCUUUGGGACUAGCCUCUUUGGUCUUCUACUACAUCGUGCCUUAUUUCUGGAACUACCGCCAUCUUCGCAGCGUACCUGGACCAAUCCUUGCACGUCUUUCCAAUUGGUGGCUCGUGUACGCAUGCAGAGAAAAAGCAAGAUGGAAAUAUGUCAAUGAUGCUCAUGAGCAAUAUGGUCCAGUCGUUCGCAUCCAACCAAACCAUGUGAGCGUAGCUGAUGAAGGAGUCAUCAACGCAAUCUAUGGACAUGGAAACGGAAUGCUGAAAUCAUCAUUCUACGAUGCUUCUGUAAUUACUACUUACAGUAUCUUUACUUCACGAGAUCGUGCUGAGCAUUCACGAAAAAGAAAAGUCGUGUCUCACAGCUUCGCACCACAGUCGAUGCGAAACUUUGAGCCUUUUAUUCGUCAACAUGUUGGUGUUUUCUUGCAAAAAUGGGACGCUAUGACAGCCAAUGAGGCUAAGCCUGAUGGAUUUGCCGAUGUCGAGGGUCGUCUUUGGCUCAACUAUUUGGUUCUUGAUAUCAUUGGUGAUCUUGCCUUUGGAGCCCCAUUCGGUGUUCUGCAAAAAGGAUCCGAACAUGUCGACUUUCAAACAGAAAAUGGUCCAAGAUCCCUGCCUAUUAUCACCAGUCUUACCACCAGAAGUGAACUUGCCGCUACUGUCGGAGCAUUGCCUGAGAUUAAACCCUACCUGAAGUGGAGCCCUGAUCCGUUCUUCCGUACCGGCUUCAACGGAAUGAUCAACUUGCGCACAUUGGGAACAUCUCGUAUCACGGACAGACUGAACAAUCCGCUUAGUGAAGAUCGUGAGAAGGAUCUUCUUGAACGUGUACGUGAGGGUCGUGACCAUAAGGGCCAACCUUUUGGAAAGGGAGAACUCAUCGCUGAAUCUUUGACCGUUUUGAUCGCUGGCACUGAUACCACGAGUAGCACCAUGGCUGCGUUACUGUAUCACGUGGUACGAACUCCUGGUGUGUUGAAGAAGCUACAAGCCGAAUUGGAUGAAGCUAUUCCCGCCGAUGUUUCUAUUCCUUCCUUCGACAUGGUCAAGAACCUGCCGUAUCUUGGCCAUGUUGUCAAUGAGGCCUUGAGACAUCACUCAACCAUCAGCCUCGGUCUUCCUCGUUUGGUCCCCGAAAAGGGUGGUGGAAUCACCAUCGCAGGAUACCACUUUGUUCCUGGCACAGUUCUCAGUAUCCCAAUCUACACUGUUCAUCAUCUCAAGGAGGUGUGGGGACCGGAUGCGGAUGAGUUCAAACCGGAACGAUGGGAGGAUGUAACGCCGAGACAGAAACAGGCUUUUAUCCCAUUCAGUCACGGUCCACGGGCUUGUCUUGGCCGAAAUCUUGCCGAGAUGGAACUCAGGGUGAUUACUGCUACUUGGGCAAGACGGUACGACUUUGUCAUGAGAGAUGAUACGAUGGACAUCAUGGAGGGCUUGGCUAGGAAGCCUGAGGCUGUGAAUGUAGGUAUCAGGAGACGAGUUUAG